AUGUCUCUGGAGAUGGAAAAGACCAUCACAAAGCUGAUGUACGACUUCCAGAGGAACUCCACCUCUGACGAUGACUCUGGGUGUGCGCUGGAGGAGUACGCCUGGGUCCCCCCUGGCCUCAGUCCAGAGCAGCCUGACAAGAGGCCCACUGACAGCACGGCAUCUCCUUCUAUGAAGGACAAGUGGCCUUUCAGGCGAGUGAGAAGUCCAUCCAGACCAAGGGCUUGGCUGUCCAGAUCUUACAAACCAAAGUUUGGAGGGCAGGUCCAGAGGCCUCGGUUUGCAAGAGAUGACCAUGUAUUCCACAAAGCUGGUUUCAGCAACCAAAAGUACCACUACCUGAAGCCCCGGGCCUACAUCCAUCGCAGAGAUCACACCCCAUCUAAACCUCUGCGUAUCCUGCCGAAGGAGAAUGAAAAAGAGAGGAUGAAGGAGAAGGAGAGGGGAAAGAUGAUGGAAAAGGAGUGGCGUGAGCAAAGAGAGAGCACCGAUGGAAGUUCCUCCUCCAAACAAAACAACACUUCUAGAGCUGUCUUACCCAGAUCCAGCUCCAGCAGAGACAAGGACAUGCUGGUCACC